AUGACGUCACAGUUUGGCACACAGAAGAACGUUGAACGGUUGGAGAAGAUGAGGACCAGGCCAUAUUUCAAUGAGGGUGCUUUUGAGAGGUCGUCAGCGUACAGGUCUAGUGGUAAACAAGAGUUGGAAAAUGUUGGUGGUGUUGGUAGCACUGAUCAACAACAUUACUACAGCACCUCCCAGUAUUACCAACCUAAAACUGCGCAGGUACAUAUGGUGGAAGUGAGUAGUGUAGAACAGGAUAAGCUGCAGAAGGAAAUGAUGAGAAAGUUGGAGGAAAUGAUGGUGAAUAUGAGAGGGGAACAAUCUGCGAAAAUGACUUCUGGUAAUGUCAAGGAAUUCAGUCACAGUUACUUUGAAAAGUCAGGUGAUACUUCUACAAGUGGAGCUGACUGUGAUGGUAGUAGCAACGACAGAGAGGAAAUUGACCAGAUGUUUGAUCUGCAAAACCGUAGGGUACGGAACACUCAUGACGACUACCUCAAGUACGCUCGUUUAGCCAGUAAAAUUAUGCCUAGAAUGCAAACUACGAGAGAAACUACUAGUCAUUCAGUGUCAACCGAGGAGAAGAAAGAAACAUAUGGUUUGGACAACAUAGAUCACAGUUCUUACAGUAGGUUGCAGAAGCGGCAUCUGGUGGAAGAACCUAGAAGAGAGUCGAAAACUGUUGGUGAAAAUAGAGGUGGAAAUGUGGAGAAUGUUGGUGAAAAUGAAGGAGAAAAGGUGGAAAAUGUUGGUGAAAAUGUAGGAGAGAAUGUGGAAACUGUUGGUGAAAAUGCAGGAGGAAAUGUGGAAGCUGUUGGUGAAAAUUUAGGAGGAAAUGUAGAAGCUGUUAGUAAAAAUUUAGGAGGAAAGUUGGAAGAAAAUUAUCAACCAGUUGAAGGAACCCCAGAAGAAGACACAGAAGAGAACGAUUCAAACGAAAGGGAAGGUAAUGUAAAUUCGGAACAACAGAACACUGAGGAACAACCGUUGGAGGGAACAAACAAUCAUGAAUCAACCACAAAUACCAGAUCUAAAAGAAGUUUUCUCCCAGGUGAUUACUAUCCUUCAUUCUAUGAGCCACCUGGAAGUUUUGACGAUUACUACAGAAAACAGUUGAGGAAAAGUUUGGUUGACAGGGAAAGUAAUGAGAUUCCUUUCAGUAACAAGUAUCAAGAAGAGUUGAACAGUUUUCUGUCUGAGCCGGUUGAUAAUCAACAGCAAGCUAUGGGUGUAAAUUUUGAGGAUGUGAAUGAUCAACAUCAAACUAUGGGUGUGGAUUUUGAGGAUGUGAAUAAUCAACAACAAACUAUGGAUGUGAAUUUUGAGGAUGUGAAUAAUCAACAACAAACGAUGGGUGUGAAUUUUGAAGGUGUGAAUGAUAUCAAGAAUGAAAUUUCCCCGAUUGCAGGACAGGACUCCGAUGAUAAAAAUAAUGUACAAAACUCAGGUGACAAAUUUAAAACAAAUUUGAAUAGUGGUAAAAUAAAUUAUUCUGAAAUACAACAGUUGGUGAAGAGUUACAUAGAGGGGUUGGAAGUUUUGAGCCAACUCAGUACCGGUAAUCAAGGAGGGAACGGUCUAGAUGAAAAUGAUGGUCAGAGAACUUUGGACGAUGUUUAUCAACAGAGAACUAAUGAUGGAAAUGUGAUUGAUUACAGUAAUUCAGAACAGAGCUCUGGUAAUGAUUACUAUGACAAGUAUACCAACCUGUUGAAUCAGGCUACAAAAGAUUUGUAUCAGGUUAUUUUUGAAAGUGCUGAGAAGAGUGACGACCAGGAGAGAGAGAUACAAUCACGACUGGACGGUGAAGUAGCAUUGAUUUUGUCUCAAGUUGGGGAUGAGAUGAAGAAAAUUGUCGAAGAUGAAAAGAGAAGGAAGAAUCUGUAUGGCGAUUAUGAAACAAAUAAUCAAGAAAUUGAGAAAACUGUGGGAAGUGAAUCCAAUAAUGAACAAAAUUAUGAAGAAGGUAAUAAGCCUAAUUAUUAUGGGGAUAAGAAUGUAUUCAACCCUGUCAAUCAGAACCUAAUUCGAAUAUUGGGAGUGGAUAUCCUCAAGAACCACGGACUCCUUAUGGUAACCCAGAAUUUGAAUCAUUUUUGA